UUCUCCUCAGGGCCGCCCGCUGCCCUGGGCCCCCCGUGAGGCGACACCGCGAGACCCUGUCACUAUCACCAUCCGCGCGCUCCCGCCGCCGCUACCAGCUAACCAAAGCAGAGCGCGCAUGCGCGCCAGCCCCCCCGGCAUGCGGUGUCGCUCGCUUCCCGGACUCCCCAAAAAGACUACGGCUCCCAUCAUGCAACGCGCGGCCGCGCCACACACACGCCAUAGGGCGCUGAGGACGAGGCCCGCCUAACGGGGCGCGCUGCAUGUUGGGUGUCGUUGUUCUCAAAGCUGCUUCUCCAGCGCCCUGCAAGAGGGGUUCGGUGUUAGGCCUCUGGAAGCACCCUAUCUUCGCGCCGCUUCGCCUCGCCUCGUUCCCCGUGUGAAUUCCUUUCAGAUCGCUUUCCCUGACGGUGCGAACGGGCGGGGCGUUGGUGUCUGAGCGCACUGCGCUGCUGUAUAGGCCUCCGUGUCCUUCCGCAGUUCCUGUAAGUUCCUUGUUUCAGCCAUGUCUGACAAAAGUGAACUGAAGGCGGAGUUGGAGCGUAAGAAGCAACGAUUAGCUCAAAUCAGAGAGGAGAAAAAAAGAAAGGAGGAAGAAAGAAAGAAAAAAGAAACUGAUCAGAAGAAAGAAGUUCUUCCUGUACAAGAAGAAUCUGAUCUUGAAAAGAAGAGAAGAGAAGCUGAAGCAUUACUUCAGAGCAUGGGGUUGACACCUGAGUCUCCUGUUGUCCCUCCUCCUACCUCUCCGUCUUCCAAAUCUGUGAGUACGCCAAGUGAGGCUGGAAGCCAGGACUCUGGUGAUGGCGCUGUUGGAUCUAGGACGCUGCAUUGGGAUACUGAUCCAUCAGUUCUUCAGCUCCACUCUGAUUCCGAUCUGGGACGUGGACCUGUUAAACUUGGAAUGGCCAAAAUUACACAAGUUGACUUUCCUCCUCGAGAAAUUGUUACAUAUACAAAGGAGACACAAACACCUGUUAUGACUCAGCCAAAGGAAGAUGAGGAAGAUGAAGAUGAUGUGGUUGCACCAAAACCAUUAGUUGAACCUGAAGAAGAAAAAACAUUAAAAAAAGAGGAAGAGGAAGAAGCUGCCCCUCAUGAACUUACAGAAGAGGAAAAACAACAAAUUUUGCAUUCUGAAGAAUUUUUAAGUUUCUUUGACCACUCCACAAGGAUUGUCGAAAGAGCCCUUUCUGAGCAAAUCAACAUUUUCUUUGACUACAGUGGAAGAGACUUAGAAGACAAAGAAGGAGAGAUUCAAGCAGGAGCAAAACUGUCCUUAAAUAGGCAGUUUUUUGAUGAACGUUGGUCAAAGCAUCGUGUUGUCAGUUGUUUGGACUGGUCAUCUCAGUACCCAGAAUUACUUGUAGCCUCUUACAACAACAACGAGGAUGCACCUCAUGAGCCUGAUGGAGUGGCCCUUGUAUGGAAUAUGAAGUACAAGAAAACUACCCCAGAGUAUGUCUUUCACUGCCAGUCAGCGGUGAUGUCAGCUACAUUUGCAAAAUUUCAUCCCAAUCUGGUGGUUGGUGGCACGUACUCAGGCCAGAUAGUGCUAUGGGAUAAUCGCAGCAAUAAGAGAACCCCAGUGCAGAGAACUCCACUUUCGGCUGCUGCUCACACGCACCCAGUGUACUGUGUAAAUGUUGUUGGGACCCAGAAUGCUCAUAAUUUGAUUAGUAUCUCAACUGAUGGGAAAAUAUGCUCUUGGAGUCUGGACAUGCUUUCCCAACCGCAGGAUAGCAUGGAGCUGGUUCACAAACAGUCCAAGGCUGUGGCUGUUACUUGCAUGUCCUUCCCUGUUGGAGAUGUCAACAACUUUGUUGUAGGCAGUGAAGAAGGCUCAGUGUACACUGCGUGCCGUCAUGGCAGCAAAGCUGGAAUCAGUGAGAUGUUUGAAGGACACCAGGGACCAAUCACAGGUAUCAACUGCCAUGCAGCAGUUGGACCUGUAGACUUCUCACAUCUUUUUGUCACCUCUUCUUUUGACUGGACAGUAAAGCUUUGGACAACUAAGAAUAACAAACCUCUCUACUCCUUUGAAGACAACUCGGAUUAUGUUUAUGAUGUGAUGUGGUCUCCAACUCACCCUGCCUUGUUUGCCUGUGUGGAUGGGAUGGGCAGGCUUGACCUGUGGAAUCUCAACAAUGAUACUGAGGUGCCAACUGCAAGCAUUACUGUGGAGGGCAAUCCUGCUCUGAACCGUGUGAGAUGGACACAUUCUGGGAGAGAGAUUGCCGUAGGUGAUUCAGAGGGACAAAUAGUUAUUUAUGACGUGGGAGAGCAAAUUGCCGUUCCUCGCAGUGAUGAGUGGACUCGCUUUGGUCGAACACUGGCAGAAAUAAAUGCUAACAGAGCUGAUGCAGAAGAGGAAGCUGCAACCCGCAUACCGGCGUAGAUCUUUAAAAUAGACGGCAGUGGUAGACUUGUGAAUGAUUUGAUGCAAAUCUUAAAAGUGUAAGCAUGCGUCAGUUCAAGUAAUAGCUUAAGGGAGGAAUAUAUGGAUUAAACUAUGGACUUUGAAAAUGUAUUAAGAUCACUGAAAAUCAGAUCUUGUAUUGUCACUUUUUAUAUAUAAAAUUACAAGCACAUUCUUGGGUUUGUGUAACUUUUAAUACAGUUAACUUUUGACUUUGCAAGGAACUUCUUUUGCUGAAACACUAACUUGGUGUAAAUUUGCUAUUGGGCUUCUGAAAUUUCCACUUUGUAACAGUAUCUAUUUCUGAAAAGUAAAACUUCUGUUUCUAAACUAAACUUUCUAUAUUACAAAAACCAACCUUCAUUAGCUAGUAAAUCUCAAAGCAUUCUUUAAUUUGAACUCUUCAAAUUACUUAUGGAUAUGCAUGCAUAUGUUGUUUAUAUAUAGAUAAGCCUCAGACUCUGGUAAUGGGUAAUAUAUGUGAAUAAAAAUUUGUCUGUAGUUACAAAGUUAUUUGAUAAUUGGACCUGAAUUAACAAAAUACAUAUUUAAUACCAAGUUCUUUUGUUUGAAUUGGUGCAUUGAAAGAUGAGACUGAUUCAUAAAUAAAUAUUACAUGAGCACUUGUCAGCUGCCCUGACCCCUAAUCUGUGUCCCUUCAGUAGUUUGAGAGUGGAAAGUUCCCGGAGCUGCUGCUUUCAUUUUACUACACAAAUCAGAGUUGUUUUCUACACCCAACCUCCACUGCCUACUGUGGCAAUCAGCCAAAAGGAAAAGGCUACUGUUGUCAAAUUUUUCUUUUCCAAAGGGUGAGGAACUAGAUUUUGACUUAACUUCUAUAACAUGAUGAAGUGCAUCCUGUUAACAGCAGACUUGCUACUAAUUUUCUAUAUGAAGUUAAAGAAAGAUGUUUUCAUUGCUUUUUAACAUUUUUAUUGAAACAAAACCCCUCUGUUAAACUUUAAAGUUGUUUGAGUACAUUUUUCUUAGGACACUAUAAAGGUUCCCAUCAAGACUGGCUUUGGGUUGGGGCGUUUUGUGUUGAUUGGGUUUUUUGUUUGUUUUUGUGGGGGGUUUUAGUAAAUAUUCUGACUUGUACUAAGCCAGUAUUGAUGUCUUUAACUGAGGACUCUAGGUUUGUUUCUGGUAUUCUUAAUCUGCUACAAGCUUAAUGUUUUGUCAAAAGAGCUGGUUUAUAUGCUUAAAAGUAGGAAAUAGGUUUAUCUUCCUUAAUCAGCUUUAUGUCCAGAAGUAUUCUUAUUGUUUCUUCAUUGUUUGUGUUUUAAGGUGGGGAGUAUGUGGCUUUUUCCUCGUUUUGGUUCUGUUUCGAGCAGCUCAGACACAGGCAGCAGUUCUGUCCUCAGGAUGUUUUCUUUUUUUCAAAGGGUUUGAAAGUGAAAUGUAUUGAGGCUUCCAUUGGUGUUGGCUUGUCAAAAGUCCCCCCUCCUCUUUUCAAUGCAAAGUCAUGUUGUUCAGUUUGACAUUUGCCUUGUAUGUUUUUCUCAACCUUAUAACAGCAGCUGUCUAUUCAAUUGAGAAAUAUCUGAACUCUAUAAAGAACAGGCACAUCAUGUGAUGAUUUUUACCCUUUAGGCACAAUAAUUCUUAAGGAACAGAAUGUUCUGUUGUCUUGCUGUUUCUUUUUGAGUUUUGUUUUGUUUUUUUUUACUGAGAUUGUUACUUCUCAUUUAAUAAUACAUUUCCUUCAGACUUAUAUUUUCAGAAAUCCAGUCGAUAAGGCUUUCUUUCAAUGGAUUGUGGCAUAAACAUAUAGGUCAUGUGGCAUUAGUUUUAAGUAAUUUCAACCUUUUAAUAAUUUUCAACAAAACUAUUCUGUAUUCAUUCCUGCUUGUGUUCCUCCCUCACAAAAUGUUGUAAACCCUGUACCUGCACCAUUUAGGGACCCAACAGUGAUGCGAGAUACUGUAAAUGAUCAUCCUGGGAGCCAUACUGUCCAGUUUUGGAGCUGUAAGAAAUACAAAUGCUAUCUUGCAUUGUAAAAUCUCUUAAGGCCUUGAUCAAGUCAGUCAACAAGCUGUGACUAAGAUUAAAUGCCAGUGGGUACCUACCAUUUUUGUAUCUAUUUAGAAAAGCACAGAACAAAAUACAUGGAUGUGGGAGAGAGUUCCUGGGAAGCCUGUCUCUAGAAAACAGCACAGAACAGGUAAUUGUUUAAACAGGAAAAAAACCCAAACCAACAACCCACAGAGACAGACAGGAAGCCUUCUAAAAGAGCUAUAUGGAUGCAUGAUGCAGAAUAGUGCUCAAACUCCCACAUUCAAUGUAUUGUAACCUCUAGUUCACUAAAUAUUAUUCAGCACCAAAAGAGUCUGCAUCUUGCUUAGAGGCUAGAACUGAAGGAGGGCUUGUCUGUGUCUGUAGUGUUCUGUUUGUAAAAGCCAUUUCUUCAUAAGCUGACUGAAACUCUUCAUAUUGCUCUGCUGUCACCUGAGCAAGAAACUAACAGAACCUCACAUCAGUUCAUACCAGUGGGGCACAUUGUGCUCCAGGAUGUUUAGCCCUGAAAGAAACAUGUAAAACUGAAGAUUGGAGGUGGUUGUACUUCAGUAUGCAAGGCUGGAAACCCACCCAUCUCUUCUCUGUCUGGAGGGGUAGUAUAACUAAUUUUCCUCUAGGACUGUAAAAAGUCUAGACUCUCCUCUGACAUUUUUGCAUUGAAAAAUAGUAUCUGCCAAAAGUUUAAGCCAGAAAUAGUUCAAGCUUUUUCUUUCUCCUCUCCUUUUACUUAGCAUUCCGCUCAACUGGAAGUCUAAACAAUGUUUUACAUAUUAAAAGAAUAUAAAAGUAAGUUUGGGUUCAUUUGAGGUUUUUUCCAGAAUAACCUCAUCUUUCCAUGGUAAAACAAUCUAGAAAUAAAGACAAUGCCUUCAAUUUCUUUUAUAAAAAAAGGUUUGCAUUCUGGGAAAAAAGCAUUCUGACUAAUAAAUCCUGUAAAAAUUGUUGAGUCCGCUAGCAACUGGCAAAUAUCUCAUUGUGUUUUAAAUAUGCUACCAUAGAGGUAAGAUCUAUUACACAUUUAGUAUUAACAUGUAUUUUGAGGGAAUUCCUUGUUACAAAGUAGUGCUGCAAAAUAAAAUAUUGCAUGUGCUCAUC